AUCAACGUUAAUAAGUUUGCGUAGGUUUUUGAUAAAGGAAACAAUCGCGUUUAAGUGGGUGAUUUAGUGUUAAUUGUUUCAAUUAUUAAUUUGGAGUGAGUGUGUAUCAAGCAGUUUAGUAACGGAUGAUGUGGAACACCCCGUUGAAAUUUUUUUUAUUGAUAGCUGCGCUGCUACAAGAUGUUAUUGCCCAAGAUGACCAAACGAUAAUUAACGGAGUAAAUAAUUUAGAUGGAAGUAAUUCGAACCAAGAUGGUGGGGGAAUACCCCCGACUUUGUCUGGGAUGGCUGGAUUAUUCGGGGGAGGUGGUGCGGCCUACCAAAAAUCACAAGAUACAAACGCAACUUUCGGACAAUUCCAAACUAAAAAGCAAGAACAAGGAAUCGUUCAAGGCGGCCUUUUGGGCAACCCUCCACCACUAACCCCACAAAACCCCGAACCACCAUUAAACCCAGAACCACCAUUAGAGCCCGAACCACCAAUAAACCCCGAAUAUCCAUCAAACCCCGAAUAUCCAUCAAACCCUGAACCACCAGGAACCAAUAACCCUGAUAUUCCGCAAUUCCCUGAUGUGUCUAUAUACCCACCAACAGGACCAGGGGAGUAUGGCCCCGAAGUAAACAGAAACACAGAAAACGAGCGUGAUUGGAAAUGCAUUAUUUAUUGGUUACAAAAAAUUUUUGGGGACAACUCUCCCGUUAUAACCUGGUUUUUGAAACUCCGCGAAUUAAUAUUUUGCGAUUGCGGCGCUUUAAGGAAUAACCCCAACUCAAAAUCGGGGGUUCAAUCGAUUCGAAAUCGCCUCGAUAAUAUGAAGCCUAAUUUUCCCCUAGGAAAUGUUUUAAUCUCCAUCAUAAAAGCACCCAUAAACCUUGUUUUAACCGGGUAUAAAUUCGGGGAAUGUAUGUUUACUUGUUACGCUUGGAGAUUAUUUAAACUACACUUAUGGAUAGCUUCAUUAAUACCCUACACAGAUCCCGAAAAAUUCUAUUCGUAUAUCGUCGAAGAUAUGGUUGAUAUUAUAAAGAGAGCCACGGAGCAUCAAAUUCCGUUUUGUCCAUCGGAAGGUGAAGAUAAUGGAAAUGAUCAAAAUCCUCCGGGGUCUGAAGAAUUACCUUUUGGCGGGGGAAGUUUUCCGGCAGAUUAUAAUGCCGGUGGUGAGGGUUUUCCCACCAGCGGAGGUGAAAAUGAAAAUCCUGAUGGGAAUUUAGAAGGGAACUACAUUGAUUUAGUAGAUCCGAUAGAUUCACAAACUCGAUCUGUGGGAGAUAACUUGGGUGGUCGACAAGGAAUGUAUCAAUCCAUGUUGUCUCCGAUGCAUAUCACGCAGCAAAUGACAGUUCGAAAAAGACGAAACGCGCCGAUAAAAAAAAGUAACCGGAUAAGACGCCACGUUCAGGGAAAAUCUCGGCGCGGUAUAUUUUAGAAUAUGUUAAUUAUAAUGAAAAGUGUUAAGGUGGAUAAUAAAUGUUUGAAAUAAUAAUAAGCUUUUUAAUUUUAAUUAAGUAAAAUAUAUUAGAAUAUAGAAAGAACUAUUAACACUUUAGAUUAGUUAAGAGGCCGAGGUUGCUAGGCAGCCGAGGCAAUAGAGAUUACUUAUUUGUACAGAAAGACAUCAGACUAUUUUUGAGAUGAAUGUACUUUGAAGCUGAGGCAGUGAUGUAUACAUUAAUAAAGCGCUAUUAAAACGUUUUAGAAUUGUUGAGAAGCCGAGGUAGCUGAGCUGCUGAGACAAUAGAGACUGCUUAUUUAUAGAGAAAGACAUCAGACUAAAAGAGAUGAAGAGACGUUUGAGAAUUAUUGAAUAGUUUAUUUUAUAGUUUUUUUUUAUACAUAUAUUAGUUGGUAUAUUCUGACGUUGGAUGGGGAUCUUUCAUGUGAAGUUUGUAUUAUAUGUCAAAAUGAUAAAGUCAAAGUGACAGGUUGUAACGUCAAAAUGACAGUUUAAGAUUAAAACUAAA